GCCACUCUCGCACUUACACACAAGCUACAGUGGCAGAUUAGAAACAGGGCUCACAGGUGCAGUUUGAUCUGAAGAUGAUCUAUGAAUAUUCUUAAAAGGUUUCCCCGAUGAAACUAGUACGGCAGCAUCACACACGUCAGGAAAACGGAAGCCUGGCAACUCCACAUCAGCCGCUGCCUCCUUUUCCUCCUGGCGGCGGGCAGCCCAUGUUUUCUUCAGCUGAAGGACCACCCCGCUCUUACGCUCCAAUCACCUUCUAGCAUUGAAGAGACGUUCUCGUCUGGUUGACUGUGUUGCUUCACUCUGCGGAGGCAGCAGUUACUCAAGAUGUGGCUUUAUAAGGGACCAGACCGGAGCAGUGAUUGGCAGGGGUGGCUGUGAACUUCAGGGCACCUGCCAGACGGGCAGAGGAAAGCAGACGAGGUGGUCUCAGAAGAAAGGGCCAUGCUUCGCUUGCAGACACUUCCGUUUCUGUUGUUACUCCACACGCAGCUUGCCAAGGCCCUUCCAGUACCACCUGAAGUCCUGGAAGAGAAAAAUGCAAAGAUUGUUGAGAAUUACCUACAAAAAUUCUACCACUUACCAAGCAACCAGUAUCGGUCUGCAUGGAGUAACAGUGCAAUGGUUGCGGAGAAGCUUAAGGAAAUGCAGCGCUUCUUUGGCUUGACCGAGACGGGGGAGGCAGAUGCAGCUACUCUGGAAAUGAUGGGCAAGCCUCGCUGUGGAGUGCCUGACUCUGGGGAUUUCUCGAUAACCCCAGGAAACCCGAAGUGGGCACACACUAACCUGACCUACAGGAUUAUAAACCAAACCCCACAGUUGUCAGAGGCCGCAGUGAAAACAGCAAUUGAGAGAGCCUUUCAGUUGUGGAGUGUGGCAUCUCCCCUGACCUUCACCGAGAUCUCAAAGGGAGAAGCAGACAUUGACAUUGCUUUUGUCGCAAGAGACCAUGGUGACUAUUCUUCAUUUGAUGGACCCAAUGGGAUCCUCGCCCAUGCCUUUCAGCCAGGUCAGGAUCUUGGAGGAGAUGCUCAUUUUGACUCAGAAGAAACAUGGACUCAGGACUCCAGAAAUUACAACCUGUUUCUCGUGGCUGCACAUGAAUUUGGCCAUUCCCUAGGACUCGCUCACUCCACUGAUCCUGGUGCCUUGAUGUACCCAAACUAUGCCUACAGUGAACCCAGCACCUACUCUCUGCCUCAGGAUGAUAUCAAUGGCAUUCAGACUCUCUACGGACUUUCCAACAGCCCUAUCCAACCUACCGGGCCGAGCACCCCCACCGCCUGUGAUCCCCGCCUGAGAUUUGACGCUGUCACCACCCUCCGUGGGGAGAUUUACUUCUUCAAAGACAAGUUCUUCUGGAGGCGGCAUCCUCGGUUGCGAGAAGUCGACCUCAAUUUCAUCUCUCUGUUCUGGCCGUUCCUGCCCAGUGGCAUUCAGGCUGCUUAUGAGGAUUUUGACAGAGACCUGGUUUUCCUAUUUAAAGGCAGACAGUACUGGGCCAUAAGAGGCUAUGACAUCCAGCGAGGUUACCCCAGGGAUAUAUCCAACUAUGGGCUUCCAAGCAGCAUCCGAGCCAUUGAUGCAGCUGUUUCCCAUGAAGGGAAGACAUACUUCUUCAUAAACAACCAAUGCUGGAGGUAUGACAACAGAAGAGGAGCCAUGGACCCAGGCUAUCCCAGAAGCAUAGCAAGUGCUUUCCCAGGAAUAAACUGUAGAGUUGAUGCAGUUUUCCUGCAGGAUUCCUUCUUCCUCUUCUUUAGUGGACCAAAAUAUUUUGCAUUUAAUCUUGUCACUCAAAGAGUCACUAGACAUGCAAGAAGUAAUUUAUGGCUUAACUGUUCCCAGCGUUGAAGCAAAGUCAAAUGUCCUUGCUGCUAAUCUAUAAAUACAA